GACAGCUUUGUUUACGGAUGACGUGUACAGGAUGCUAACCUAGCAGACUAACCAUGGAGCAGACCGCCUCACAGCACUGCCGCUAGUUAAGAAAGACAGGCGUUAGCAGUGUAUGACUACUUUCUGUCAAUUGAUUAACCUACGUGUACUGUUAGGUCUCACAUGAGAUUGCUGUCCGAUCACUGAAGCCAUGGCUAGUCCUAAUGAUCUACAGUUCCAAGAGUUUGAGGAGGCAGCAGAGCUGUUGUCUGCAGACCCGGGGGCCUCCACACUCAGUACGUCUGCCUCAAACACCAUCACUACAGCAGCAGCGGGAGGAGGAGGAGGAGAGGAUGUGAAGCUAGACCUCUCAGAGGACGAGGAGGGUCAGGAGGAGAGUUCAGAGCUGUUAGGAGGACAGAAACCAGCUGGUGGCUUCUGGACCUUUGACUACUAUCAGUCUUUCUUCAAUGUGGACACAGAGCAGGUACUGGACAGAGUUAAGGGCUCAGUGAUGCCAUUACCUGGAAGAAACUUUAUCAAACACCACCUUAGGAGUAGCCCAGAUCUAUAUGGACCAUUCUGGAUCUGUGUUACACUGGUGUUCUCAGUAGUGAUCAGUGGGAACUUGUCCACCUUCCUCAGUGAGAUGGGAAACCCCUCCUACCACUACAGACCACAGUUCCACAGAGUGACCAUAGCAGCAGUUGUGAUCUUCAUGUACGCCUGGCUGGUGCCGAUUGGUUUAUGGGGUUUUCUGACCUGGCGGCAAGGGGCUGAGAGGCAGGUCGGGGGCUAUUCCUUUCUGGAGACGGUGUGUGUCUACGGCUACUCUCUCUUCAUCUAUAUCCCCACCUCGGUUCUGUGGAUCAUUCCAUUUGAGUGGCUGCGCUGGACACUGAUCCUGUUUGCCAUGGUGAUCUCUGGCUCCGUCCUGGUCCUCACCUUCUGGCCUGUUGUCCGUGAUGACACCAAGGUGAUGUCAGUGGCUACAGUUGUGACCAUAGUGGUUUUGCACACACUGCUAGCUAUCGGCUGUAAGAUGUACUUCUUCCAGAUAGCAGUCCAUGUACCAACAACGGCCCCUACAUCCCCCCCGCUUCACAUAACAGUGGCCACCAGACCCCACUGACCAAUAGGAGGGAGUGCUUGCAGGAGGGAGAGGUGAAAUUAAGGAUGUCUCUGUUGUGUUUGGAAUCACAUGCAGAUAUAAUGCCAUGUAUACAGAGGCAAUGUUGAUUAUUGCCAAUGUGUGAUGUGUUCAAUGCUCGCGGGAUGAACUGAAGGGAUGGGUGUGUGGUUGUUUGUCUAAUUUAUCCUGAGGUGGCUCUACUGGGACUGAAGUAGCACUUGUUCACUGCAAUAAUUGCACAUUUUUACUGUGAUGUGGUGCAAGUUUAGAAGAAGACAUUAAAAAUGAUUCAUUGGUAUAAGGGAAAAAGUGUAAAACUUCUAAACCAAAUACAAUCAUUAAACCAUGCUGCAACCAUUUAUUCAGUCAGUUGUUUUGCUCUUUGUGUUCUGAUUGAUAUUAAUUCAUGCUAUAUUGUCCGGCCAUGCAGGCUGGGCAUGCAUGACACAAUAUUACAAACAUGUGUUAAUGUUACACAUGUCAUAACAGGUGAUCAUAAUAAACAUAUCUCAUACUAAUUACGUGCCAGCAACUAGGUGGCGACCCCGUGAUGUCAGCUCGGAAUAGCCAAAUGAACGUGGGCUAUAAUGUCAUGAUUAAACAAUCUGAUUUAUGCAGAGACGGAACGUCCGGUGAGGCUCCAUAGAACGUGUUCACUCACUCCACUGUGUGAACCACUCACUUUCUCCUGGAAGAAAAGCACUUUACUCAAAGCUAGUUAGCGAGCUUAACCGUCGGUGAACGAUAAGGUAACCACAUCUAACAGCUAGCUGAUGUUGGGAACGUAGAGGAGCGUGUUUGG